CUGUGAGCAUUCAUUGAUCGGGUUAAUUUCUCUUUUAUUGGAUUUUCCUUGUCGAGCCAGAGCCAUGUCGCUGAGACCCAACGCCAGGACGGAGGUUCGCCGGAACCGGUACAAAGUUGCAGUGGAUGCGGAGGAAGGACGACGGAGGAGAGAGGACAACAUGGUUGAGAUCCGUAAAAGUAAGCGUGAGGAGAGUUUGAUGAAGAAGAGACGUGAAGGUAUGCAAGCUCUUCAGGAUUUCCCUUCUGCUUCCGCCGCUCCUCAUGCCGCCUCCGUCGAUAAGAAGUUGGAGAGUUUGCAGGAUAUGAUCGCUGGGGUUUUGUCCGAUGAUCCUGCCUUGCAGCUUGAGUCCACUACUCAGUUCAGGAAGCUUCUCUCUAUUGAGAGAAGUCCUCCAAUCGAGGAAGUGAUAGCUGCUGGUGUUGUUCCUCGGUUCGUUGAGUUUCUUAAGAAAGAAGAUUACCCCGCGAUUCAGUUUGAGGCAGCUUGGGCUCUGACAAACAUUGCAUCUGGAACAUCGGAUCACACUAAGGUUGUAAUCGAUCACAAUGCUGUUCCAAUCUUUGUCCAGCUUCUUGCUUCCCCUAGCGAUGAUGUCCGUGAGCAGGCUGUAUGGGCUUUGGGUAACGUUGCUGGUGAUUCACCACGGUGCCGUGAUCUUGUUCUUGGAUGUAGGGCACUGCUUCCGCUGCUCAAUCAGCUUAAUGAGCAUGCCAAAUUGUCCAUGCUUCGAAAUGCCACAUGGACCUUGUCAAACUUCUGUCGUGGCAAGCCUCAGCCUCACUUUGACCAGGUGAAACCUGCUCUUCCGGCCCUUGAACGACUAAUUCAUUCAAAUGAUGAAGAAGUCUUGACAGAUGCCUGUUGGGCUCUCUCAUACCUCUCUGAUGGGACCAAUGACAAAAUCCAGACUGUCAUCGAGGCCGGUGUUGUCACAAGACUUGUUGAACUUCUCCUCCAUCCUUCUCCAUCUGUGCUAAUUCCUGCACUUCGCACUGUCGGAAAUAUAGUUACUGGAGAUGAUUUACAGACACAGUGGGUGAUCAAUAGUGGUGCUCUACCUUGUCUUGCCAACCUGCUCACUCAAAACUAUAAGAAAAGCAUAAAGAAGGAAGCUUGCUGGACGAUUUCAAACAUCACAGCUGGCAACAAAGAUCAGAUCCAGACGGUAGUUGAGGCUAAUUUGAUUGCCCCGUUGGUGAGUCUGCUUCAAAAUGCUGAAUUUGACAUUAAGAAAGAAGCUGCAUGGGCAAUUUCAAAUGCAACUUCAGGUGGUUCUCAUGAUCAAAUCAAACACCUGGUGGAGCAAGGAUGCAUAAAACCAUUAUGCGAUCUCCUAGUAUGCCCAGAUCCAAGAAUCAUAACGGUGUGCCUUGAAGGAUUGGAAAACAUUUUGAAGGUGGGAGAGGCAGAGAAGAACUUGGGUAACACAGGAGACAUGAACUAUUACGCUCAGCUGAUUGAUGAUGCAGAAGGGCUAGAAAAGAUUGAGAACCUUCAGAGCCAUGACAACAAUGAGAUCUAUGAGAAGGCUGUUAAAAUUCUGGAGACAUACUGGCUUGAAGAGGAAGAUGAUGAGACACAGCAACCUCCAGGUGUUGAUGGUUCUCAGGCUGGGUUCCAGUUUGGAGGGAAUCAAGCUCCAGUCCCAUCCGGAGGAUUCAACUUCAGCUGAAGGAAUGGAAUUGGAAGCUUGCAACUUGAGAAUGGUGAAAGGUCAGAGUCAGUCAGAGUCUAGUUUCAUUGCCAGGGUUAUAGCCCUGGUCUGGUCUGGUCUGGUCUCAGAGGUCUGUACCGGGUGGUCGGUUUAAAAGUACAGAGUCUGAGAAAGUGUUUGGUUUCAUUGUCCAGGGCUAUUUUUUUGAAAUGACUGGUACACCGGUCGUGGGUCGUGAGUCGACUUUUGUGUUGUUUUUAAAUUGUUGAGGUUUAUAAAUUUUACACUGGAGUCUUUGUUUUUGUGUUCACAACAGUUUGUAUGUCGGUUAAAAAUGAAACCACAAACCCUUUUUGUCUUAAUAUGUUUGGUAUCUGAUAAUGAAUGUUUAUUUGAAUU